AUGGCUUCGAGAAGAAUUUGUUUAUGGUUUGUAUUUAUGAUUAUUACACAAUCAGUUGGAGAAGAUAUGCGAUCAGUUCGAAUGUCUUUAAUGCGUAAUUCGAAAUUUCAAUGUGCUAAUACAACUUGUGUACCAUUUAUUAAUUUCAUUACAAGAACUAUUCUUAAUUGUCAAGCAGGUUGUUUAGCUGUAAUUCAAUGUGCAGCAGCAAGUUUUCACCGAUCAACGUCUAAUUGUGAAUUGUUUGCUGAUAUGUUGAACCAAAACGGAAAUAUGUUAUUUGAUGCAGACAUUAUUAGUAUGAAUGUUAUUGCUGAAACACGAUCUCCACCUGGUUAGUACAAAAAAUAGUAGAUUUAGAAACAAACCAUUUGAAAAGUAUCGGUGACGAUGUAUUUAGCAAAGGAAGGUCCUUAGGCGUGUCCCAGACAUUUUCAUGAUAUUACAUGGGUUUUUUAAGUGCAGUAUAUCUAUCUCAAGUAUGAAACAAUUCUAGUCAAAAGAUUUUUUAAGAAAUCUAAACAUAUGUGUUGCUGUUUACCUUUUAAAAAUUUUUCAAAAUCG